AUUAACAUGUUGGCAAACAACCCCUCUAUUCAACUGCACUCUUUCAAUUCACACAGGUUUUACACCUUUUUCCUAUUUCUUCCACUCGACGACACAUCUGUAAAUGGUGACGAAGAAGAAGAACAUGAAGAAGGAACGGGCGAUUACGAGCGACAAUCUAUUGGCGGAGCUUUUAUUAAGUCUCAAACCAUCGCCUGAUGUCACUAUCGCUCCAAACCCUAGCGACUGUUACGACGGAGACCCAGCAGUCAAGGUUGUCGAUUCCACAACUACGGUCUGCAAUAUAUCAAGAAAAAGAAAGCUGGAUGAGUUGAAUCCCGCAACAGCCGACGCUAAAUAUUCUCCUGAAUGUAUGCUACGGAAUAAGGAUUGGUUAGACGAUGCAGAGUUGUGUCGUGACAUGUUAGAUCCUCUUUCGACGCCUGCUGCGGUGUUGGCUAACCAAGCAAUGUCGGAUGAGGAUUUAUCCUCUCGGAUUCGUUUGUUGUUGGUUAAACUCUCUUGUUUAACUCCAGAACUAUUGAGCCGCUAUGAACAUAGCUUAAAAGUUGCUAAAAGAAAAUCAAACCGGGUCGAAAGGUACAAGCGGAAGGUAGCUGAUAAGGACGCAGAGAUUCGUCAGUUGAAGGAGGAAGUUGAGAACUUGAAGAGGGAUAAGACGAUAGCCAAAAAGGAGGAUUUAGGUACCUCCAAAGUUAAGGAAGUGAUUCGUUGUUGUUUGGACGAGAUUACCGUCGAGCAUCAAAAGGAAGUGUCCGUUUUGAAGACGUGUUUGCAUGAUGUCCAAGCUCAAUUAGAGUAUAAGGAUCGACUCCUUGUCGAAGGAGUUACCGAGUUAGAUUCGGUGGAAGACUUGUUGGUGGCCGAGCGUGACCGUCAUUCGGCUAAAGAGCAAGCGUGGGUUGAAGAGACUCAGACUUUGAAUGAAUCUCUUCGCUUUUUGAAGCAUGUUGUGGAUGGGUUGUUAGUGGAUAGACAGAUGUUGAAGGACGACCGUAAAUGGCUGAUCAGUGAGGGUUUUGCGCAUGUUAUUAACAACGUUCAUCGAAGCGACGAGUUCUUGAAUCCUUGUAAAGAUUUCACCACUUAUGCUACGUUUACCGGGCUUCAACGUGGGCUUAAGUUAGGCUACCAUUACUCUGCUCAGGGUGUUGCGAUUGAAAAGCUGGAUUUUUAUCGCCCUAGAAUUGAAGAUAAGAUGAAGGUGGCAUGUAGGUGGUUGUGUGAUCUUAGGCUUCCAUAUGUGGAAACACUUUCGAGUAUGGUGGAUCAGCCCCUUGAUGUUAUUCGUGGUUUGGAGCCUGAAAGGCAGCUUGCUUGCAAGGUUUCUGAUACCCGAGCUAGGAAGAAGAUUCCCUGUGGGGAUAUUGUUGCCAGUCGUGUGGAUGAGUAUUUGAAACAACUGAAACAGGACACGUCGAGGUAGGUGUUUCUCCAUAAAUUUAGUUGGUGUCUCUCUUCUUUUGUUGCGCUUUGUAGUUUCGUUGCGCAUAAAGUACUUUUGUUGCGUUUAUAUUGUUAAUAGCAGUGGCACCUCCUCAUUGAUCGUGGCUUUUUGUAUUUAACUUUUAAACCUUCGACUUCGCUAAUAUACGUGUUUAGCCCUCUGUUUUGAAAAAAAAAAGAUUUAUUUUUAUUGGUUUUCUUUGUUUA